AUGUAUUUGGAAAAUGGUGGGAUUGAUUCCAUUGAAAAAGAAAAUGCUGUCAAAUCAUCAAAACUUUACAACAUGAUAACAAAUUCAAAAAUUUAUCAGUCUCCUGUUGAGAAAUCAGUUAGGUCAAGAAUGAAUAUACCAUUUCAUAUUGAUCCACCUGAAUUGGAAAAAAAAUUUCUGGAUGGCGUAGUUCAAUUGGGAAUGGUUCAAUUGAAAGGUCAUCAUAGUGUAGGUGGUAUUAGAACAAGUAUUUACAAUGCAAUGCCUUUACAAGGUGUAGAAAUAUUGGUUGAAUAUAUGAUUGAUUUUGAAAAAAAGAAUUCUAAAUAA